CCGCAGUCGCAGACGCAGCAGCAGCAGGCCAAGGAGCAGCUGCAGAAGGCGGUGGCCAUGAACGGGCACCGCCUGCAGGCCAUCGGCGACCGGAUCAAGUGCCACUUCCGCGGCGGCCACAACACGCUCCCCUCCUCCGACCUCAACCACCUCGUCUACGCCUUCGCCAGAGGGAUCGAUUACGCGCUCUCCGGCGGCGAUGUUCCCAAGAUCGCGCCGGAGAUACCCGACACUAUGAGAAAGGUGUAUCAGCUGAGAAAUGAUCCAUAUCUACAAUCAUCCGUCAUGAUACUAAUUAUAUCAUGCAAGAAUGCUUGUAAAAAUAAAUGGUUUCAACCUGCAGAUUACAUCGACAUUCUCAGAAUGGCUGAUGAGAUAUCGGGGAACUUCUGCACGCCUGUUAGCCAAGCUAAUGACAACACUGUGCUUGAAAUCAUUUCAACAGUAAUGCCAAGGUACUAUCCUAAGUUGAAGUUCGACCGUUUAGUCACUUCGCUGGAAGCAAAGGUUGGAUAUGAUAUUUUGAUGGCUGACUUCUUUAUUCAUAGAAAUCUACCUAAAAAUGAGAAGAUUAGUCUAAUUGUUGUCCAAAAGGAAAACUUAGAUGUCUCAUCAUGUAUUGCAACCCCACCGCAUGUGAGCUUUUUAGUAAAUGGAAAAGGUGUGGACAAGAGGACUAAUGUUUCACUGGAAACAGGAGCCCAGUUUCCCACUGAUAUCACCAAGAUGCUCAAAUAUGGUGCAAACAUCUUACAGGCUGUUGGAUAUUUUAAUGCCAACUACAUCAUAGCAGUAGCAUUUGUCAACAAUUUGAUAUCUUCUGAUGCUCCAAAACUCAAUGACUAUGCCCAACCAGUCACAGCAGAUCUUCCUGAUUCAGAUAUACUUGAAGGGCCAUCAAGAGUAUCCCUAAAGUGCCCCAUAAGUUUUAGGCGCAUGAAGACACCAGUUAAAGGGCAGCUAUGCAAACACCACCAGUGUUUUGAUUAUGAUAAUUACAUGGAGAUGAACUUGAAGAAACCGACCUGGCGCUGUCCAUUUUGUAAUACUCCUUCAAAUUUUAUUGACCUACGAAAUGAUCAAAAGAUGGCCAAGGUUUUACAAGAGACUAGUGAUGACAUCAUUGAUAUUCUUGUAUUCCCUGAUGGAUCUUGGAAAGCUAUUCAUGAUGAGAAAUCAGAUAAAAAUAGACAUGCAGGUGACAUGAUUCAGCAGAAUGGGGAUACUGUAGAUACCGAUGCAACUAUUUCCGAGGUUAUAGACCUUGUAAACAAGGAUGAUGAUGGUGAUCUGCCUAUGAGUUUGGCGUCUACCCCUGAAGAUUUGAAGCCUGUGUUGAAUAGUCCAGAUUUAUCUGUCAUGGACUAUCUUCCAGAUUUCCCUGUUAGCACAACUGCUCAGUCAGAAGAUCUAUAUGUAGGAGGUGGAAAUAACGGAUCUAGCAAUGGUACCUCAACUUCUGGCCAAAAUUUGUUACUAUCGUCUACAAGUGGACCCAGCUCUAGUUCUUUUGGGACCUUGGAGUCUAUUCUGCCUAGAGAUAUCAUGCAAAUGCAACCUGCUACCACAGAUGCCGCCUCUCCUUCUUUUGGAACUCCCAAUUUAACAUUUGCCAUGCAACAAAUUUCACAAGGAGCAUACCCCAAUAUUAUGCACACACAAUCACAGCUAGAUUCUCAACAUAGAUCAGAAGUAGCACGGCAUGCUAUACCUAGUAUACCUAGAAAUGUCAGGAGAGAACCUAUUGCAAUCCAGGCUUUGGCAGUGCCACAGCAGAACUCAUCUAGAAGGGUGCACGCAAAUGUCUUGAAUCCUCCAUCUCCCAACCCACAAUCAAUUUCAGCUUCUUUGAACUACCCAGCACAUCAUGUGACAAAUGCAGACAGCGUAAUCACAUCUAUGAUUAAUGGUGUUGGGCCACUCUCAAGGGCUCCUGAUGGUUCCCCAUCGUUGCAUCAACAGUCGACACAACAGGACAUGCGCAACAUGCCAAACCAUGCACGUGGCCGCGUUAUGGGCCUUGCUGCACCACCCUUCGUGCAUAUGAGACCACCGACGGGGGUUCCAGGACAGGGUAGAGGUGCUAAUGCGCAUGGAGCUCCCUUUCCCCAACAAUAUCAGCACUUUGACCAGCGACAAAUUGACAAUCUAAUGGGCCAAUUCAUUUCCCAAGGUGGUGCAGUUAGCCAGGGCAUACAGAGCAAUCUCUUUGCUCCCCAGCAGAGCCAGGCAUUGAGAUCGCAAGCAGUAUCCCGACCAGGAACUCCACCGGUGCAACCACCCCAGCAGAGCCAGGCAUUGAGAUCGCAAGCAGUAUCCCGACCAGGAACUCCACCGGUGCAACCACGUGUGCAGUCUCCCGGUCUACCACAGACUGCUCCUGCCACUCCUCUUGUUGAAGCUUUCGAUGCCCCAGAGCUUCAGAUCGACCCGAACUGGCAGCCUACGGGGCGGAUGAGGGGGAGCCUGGUAGGCCCUGCUUACGAUCAAGCAAUAGGACGCUAUCUGCAGCCAGGUGGUGAGCGGACAAGCCAGGCUCAGCCACCUGGCAGGUAGUCAGGUGCUGUGGGUGGCUUUGGAUGCAGAGUAGCUAACAUGGAGCUGCUUUUGUGAGUGGCUCCUAACUCAGAACCUCUGAUUUUAGGUGUUAAGGUAUUAUUAGUUAUAUUAGGUUCGGAUGUAGGGAUUACGGAAAGCCUAGUAACUUUGUAAGUCCUCUCACGCAGGCCCUUUUUCUUAUAGCAGUCCUUGUGCUGCUUAGCGUACAACUGUGUUGUGUAAUGGAACAAUGCAACUUCAAUUUAUGCCACCUCUCUCGGUGUGUUAUC